AGAACGAGCCUUUCACUUCGUGCGCGUUGAUGAGUACGACGAGUUUCAAAUCAUUUAAAUCACAGCAGAUAGCAGAAGUGGAUUUACAGUAAAACACAGUCAGCCGUGUAGCUAAAGUGAAAGGUAAUCUGAUUUUGAAACCAUGACGCCAAGUCAACGCGGAAUUUGUACCGUAUCACACCUGGAUCCGCUAAAUCCUGCACAUCAAUUCACAUUUCCCACCUCUCCGACGCCGAAACACAACGGAGACCACGCGGUCCUGAAGUCGACGCUACAGUCCGGAACCAACCCGGAAGAUAUGGACUCCUGCUCCAAGAUCAAGUGGAAAUGGCUCUCAGAUAUUGUAAUGGGAGCAUCAGUUUCAGCAGGGCUUCUCAUGAUAGAAUAUGGUCUCAUCCCAACCAUACAGACAGGUUUCUACUGCGAUGACCCCAAGAUUUCCUACAAGUUCAGAGGGGACACCAUUUCCAUUACAAUUUUACUGACUUUCACAUUUCUGGCUCCUUUACUUGGGUUUUGGGUGAUUGAAUCCUGUUGUUACUCAGUUGACGACCGUGGCCUAAGCAAGUCUGCGAGGCAGCGAAGUUUGACUGGUGCAAAGCAAGCACUUUACUGGUACUGGCAAUUCUUUAUUGGCCUUGUUAUGGUUUUUGUGAUAACAGAAGUUGCCAAGGUACUAGUGGGUGAACACAGGCCACAUUUUCUUGACACAUGCCGUCCUGACUUGGUUAGCAACUGUACAAAAACUUCCAAUUACAUCCCAAGUGACUACAAAUGUACCAAUACGGAUAUAAGUGCAUGGCUGGUCAGAGAUUCAAACAAGUCAUUUCCAUCUGGGCAUGCCUCAUUGUCAACCUAUACAGCAGUCUUCAUGAUAUGGUUCAUACAACGCAGGGUUCCCAAAAAUAUCACCUUCGCGCUGGUUCCAUGGUUGCAUUGUUUGUGCUUAAUGUGGGCCAUGAUCUGCUCAUUUACUCGUAUCACAGACCACAGACAUCACUGGUGGGAUGUUUUGGCUGGCUUUGUAAUGGGAGCCAUCAUGGCCACUUUCACAGUAAAAUCCUAUUGCAGAGGUUUCUUCUCCCACAGUUGUCAAAGCACAGCUCAGACAAAUAAACAUGAUGGAUUAAAGGAAAACGGUCACAUAGGAACUAGCAAUGGAGGUAACAGACACUUGUCAGUUCGUCACCUUCUAUCUUCAACAUCAAGUUACACAAGCUCCAUAACACCAGAGGACAGAGAACUACGAGAAGUUGCCAUGACAUAGCACGAAGUCAUUGUGACAAACUGAAAAUUCAGACUAUGAUAGUCUGUGUCAAACUUAUCUGAUAUAAGAGCUAUUGCACAGAUAUUUUAUUAUAUGGUUUGCGAAGCUGUCGUCUUAAGUACAAGGUUAGACACAAAACAUGAAUGGUCCAAAUAUGGAACAAUAUGUUUUAAGUACCUUUAUACUAACAACAGGUUAUAUAAUUGAAUCCAAAGUGACUGGUUUUAUUUUUAUGCAGUCUGUUGGUACAGGUAUGUCUUUUUCAAUAAGUUUCAUUGAUAUUAGGUGCUGGAACAUGGUUGUCAGACUCUUAUCGCUAGUGUAAACACACACACUUUAAAUGUUGACACUGGUGCCUCAAUGGGAGUAAACUUCAAUCUCCAUCCAUUCGAGUGUGACCCUGUAGCUUGCAGGGAGUGUUGUUUCCACUAUUGUUACCAGUAGGUUAUACUCAGUCACAUUUUUUUUCGUCGAAGUGACAGAUUGUUUCAAAUUUUGUGUACUGUUAACUUAAUCAUGCAGCUAUGUCAAGAAAUGCAGAUAUACAAUGUAGAACGCCUGGUAAAUGGAUCUUCUGAUUCACAAGUUUGUGUGUUAAGAGUAACAACUAAGAAAACGUACCUAAUUGUAAAUACAUUUUUUUUUACAUAAAAGAAGCAAUAAUAAUUUAAAUUUGUGUCCACUACAAGAAGUGUGGACUUUACAUUAGUAAACACUGUCAUUACACUGAAUAAUUUAUAUGUACUAGCAAAUAAAAUUAUAUUGAAUGAUUAUAAUUAUAUUGCAUAAAAAUGAAAAGUGAUAUGAAAAACCUAAAAUCAUAUAUUUUUAUGCACUGAACUAUAACAAAGUUAUUAAUUUGUUCCUGAUAUGUAAAACUUAUAAGGCCUAAGUCCAAUACCAUUAGGAUAUUAAAGUACUUCGUUAAGAAAAUUAAACCAGUCUGUUGCUGCCGCAUUCACUCUGCUGAUAUUGCAUAUUUUAAAACCUCAAUAUCAAGGUAUGGCGAAUGUUUGAUUUAUUACAUGGUCACUAUCCUUUUAUGUGGUUCUAACAUACAAGAUGUGAACAUUAAAGAAAGAGUAUCCAGUACCUUUCUCUUCAUUUAACUCUUUGUAGUCCAGUAUUCAUACAACUGUGUCAUGUAGCACUUCCAGCACAGUUAAAUUUGCAGAGGGUUGUUAUAAGGUUAACAAUAUGGGAGUUAUGGUAUAAUUACUAUUAAACUGAAAUUUAAGACAGGUGUGAAGGACAUAAUUAUAGUACUAGCCAAAAAUGUGUGUACAAUAACUGAGAACAAUCAUGAAAACAGAAAUAAAAUGUACCUCAUAACUAACUUAAUUUGUGUAGUAUGCAGUGGGAGUUGAAUGUUGCUAAUCAUACACUGAGUUCCAGAAAUGUAGUUCAUUAUAAAAAGUGAAGUAAGCUGGAAUAGCAACAAUAAAUAAUAUAAUAAUACAGCACCAUCAUAAAUAUGGAACUAUUGCUUCUUAAUUAAUUAUAUUUGGUACACAUACAAGUCUGGAAUUAGCCAGGCAAUGUAGCUGACUAUUUCUUCAUAUCAAUUUAACAUUUGGCACCACACAUUAAAAUUAUUUCAUAAUUACACUCUAAAAUAUAUUGAUAAUUUUUCAUAAUUGUUCUAAUGCAUGUUAUAAGAAGUGAGUUCACACUAUUCUUAACCUUUAUAUGAGCUAUAUGUCAUGUCUUAUGUAUGGUAAAGUUGGCUGUGUGUCGCCUUAGCAUAAUGCCUAACAUCAAACCUGGAGAUGAAGUACAGCUGGCAGCCCCAUAGUAUGGGGGUUUAAAUACCCUAUUUCUAUAUAAUUAAAGUCAAAAGUUUUCUGUAUUGUACCUUACUGCUGCAUGAAGUAUAGCAACUUCUGGCCAUUCAGAUUAUAUCCGUGAUUAACUUGUUGAUUUGUACUUGUGAGAGAAACCAAACAGUGAUUAUAUGUUACAGCGUUAUGAUGUAUUUACGAUGCAAAAAUAAUUUUUCAUGAAUAUUACAUAAUUUAAGCUUUGAAUA